AUGGAUCGCAGUUCCACCUUCGAACUCUACUACGACCCAGAAAUCUCGGCGCCUCAAAAUAUCCUACCUUCAUCGGCUUCUCCAGUCGCAAAGCCUUCGAGCCUGUAUCCGCCUACUCCUACUGGUAUCAAAUCAUCCCCCCAGCUAUUGUCACCUUCUCGUCGCUCCCUGAGGCCCAGUGUCUCUACUGGUAGGCUUGUCUUAGGAGAGUUACCUCUGCGGACUCGAGUCAAUCCAUUUCAUCGCUCCCAGCGGAAUAAGGCUUCAUGCGGACGCCGCCAAUCAGCUACAUGUGACAGUCGUUUGAAACAUGAAAUCUACCUAUUUCCCGAGGUUUCGGCCCCCUCAAACCACCUGAAUGCGUCUGACGGUGAUAAAGUGGACGAUCGUCUUCCAAACGAUCUACCAACCUUGGCUAGAGUGCAGAACCUACGCAGAUCUGCCGCAUGCGGCCCCCAAACACGGACAGUACCAACUAAGACAGCAGGCGACAUCAUCCUUCCAUCCGAUAACUCAACCUGCUUCGCAAGUGGUAGUUCCACUCCAGCUGCUGAACCUGUCACAUCACGCACAGGUCACUCGUCGUCUCUACCGCCUCCUCCAUUCACUUUGCCCACAGUCAGCUCAACUGUGUCUCAGAGUGCAUCGCCAAUCGAGCUAGCAAAUGUUGUCGAGGAGACCAAGGAAAACGUGCCGCUUGCCAGGACGCCAGCGUCACCAGCACCGUUCCGGGCAACCCAAACUCCUGCUAAAACUGGUCAAGCUGCGCAUCCCGAUCACCCGUCCAUCAUGACUCCCUAUCAACCUGGCAACGAUGCCAUCUUAUCAGGUGUACAAUCCUCUUGUGUUGAGGAUUCUUCUGUUAGCGUUUCAUCUCUAUCAUCGAAAUGUCGCCUCAACGCAACAAAAUCCACACCUUUGUAUGAUCCAUCAAAUCGUCGGCAUCUUCCUUCAUUCCCAUGGGCAAACUCCGAUGAGGUUUCUGGCGCGCUCUUGGUAUCGUCGAGGAAACCAAGUCUGACAGCGGCGUCAUCGGUCCCUUCCCAAUACACCGAUGCGCAUUUGAAGGCUUCGUCAUCCCUACAACCCCUCAUUACCACGCCUCAAUAUGCACAUGAAAUCAUCACACAUCAUCUUUAUAUGCCCAUGGUUAUGCUCUCUCGUUUGCUUUAUCUUAUGACACAUUCACGUUUAUCUUCUACUUACGAAAACCAUCAGCUAUUAUAUGAUGUUUCUACACAUGCGUUGCUUGACCACCAUGGACGACAAUUAUCACUACAAAAUGAAACAAGUUAUGCAAGAUCGUCGUUUUUUGGGGAACUUUUCACUCACCAAUUUUCGAUUUAUCGUCUGUUCCUUUCUUGA